CUCACACAACAUCGCAACACACAUACACCAAUACACACGCACACCAAUGCGCACUUGACUUCCACAGUUUCUUUAUUUUGUGCAGAAAAAAGUACUUAGUAUUGCCGCUAAGGUAACGAAAUUUAUUGUGUAUGCGAUUACGGAUACUGCAAAAGUGUAAUUUAUAAUGCUAGCAGCUGCUAGAAACAGCAGCUAAUUAAAGUUAUUGUUACGGACUUGGAUUUGGAGUUGUUGUCAUACCCAACCCCCCCGUUACGAUUGUACGUGGCGUUUGCGAAACCGAAUCUGAGUCUGAAUCGGUCAACAAGCGGUCGAGGUCGUAAGCAAGCGAGUGCUAAUAGAUUUUUAUUGUCACGGUGGGCACGGCCACGACUGCGGGGAAGACCGAUUGCUAGCAUGGCGGACGCUGCGGCGAAGCCAGCAGCCGAAAAGGGCGGAGGGGAUCCUGAAAUGAAGGGAUGGCUUUUAAAGUGGACGAACUAUAUCAAAGGUUACCAGCGUCGCUGGUUUGUUCUGUCAAAGGGGGUCCUGAGCUAUUAUCGUAACCAAUCAGAGAUCAAUCACACGUGUCGCGGCACAAUAUCGCUCCAUGGUGCGCUCAUCCACACCGUGGACUCGUGCACGUUUGUCAUCUCUAACGGUGGCACACAAACCUUCCACAUAAAAGCGGCCAACGAGGUGGAACGGCAGUCGUGGGUGACAUCGUUGGAACUGGCCAAAGUAAAAGCUAUACGAGCUAUUGAGAGCGAAGAGGAGGAGGAAGAGGAGACGGCACAAGUGGUGCCCAGUCAGGAGAUCAACACUGUAGUGAGGGAUCUGACCGAACGUCUGGAAAACAUGCGCACCUGCUACGACUUAAUAACGAAGCAUGGCGCAGCACUCCAGCGUGCUUUAAACGAUCUGGAAUCUAACGAAGAGGAAUCUCUUGCCAGUCGCACAAAGAUAGUCAAUGAACGAGCGACGCUCUUCAGAAUCACAUCAAAUGCGAUGAUAAAUGCGGGCAACGACUAUUUGCGCUCCGCUGAAUCGCAAGGCCACAAAUGGUCUAAAAUGCUACACCAUGAGCGUGAGCAGCGCCAGCGACUCGAGGAGAUUAUCGAGCAGAUGGCCAAACAGCAAUCGCAAAUGGAGCAAGCUGCCGUAUUUGUGCGCCGCAAUAAGCCGCUGCCAAUGUCAUCGUCCAGCACAAUGGUGUGCAUGAAUCCAGGGGCUCCCGGCACCAAUUUAACUUCUGACGAUGAAACAGAAUUCUAUGAUGCAGAGGAGUACGGCUACGAUCGGACUGGUGACUCGCCUAUAGACAGCACGUUCAUACUGAAGCUCAACAAGCGACGCAGCAGCUCCGAGGAUCAAGUCGGUUCUGAAGGCCACACGGGCAGCUCUUCGGAAAGCGACGAGCAAAAGCGAACCAUCCAGACCGUGCAGCAGGUGUGUCUAAUUAGCGCCGCACGCGUUGCCUCCGGCGACGACGAAGAUAAUGGUACUGACAAAGUUGAUGAAGGUUCGAAAUGUGAUACGAGGAAAUCAAGACCAUCUGCCUCAGCUAGCAAAAAGGGCGUGUCAGGCAAUCGUCGCACGCGAGUCCCGGACAAGCCAAAUCACUCGGUUAGCCUAUGGUCCAUUAUGAAGAACUGCAUUGGCAAGGAUCUGUCCAAAAUACCCAUGCCCAUCAAUUUUAAUGAACCGCUCUCCAUGCUGCAGCGCUUGGCGGAGGAUUAUGAGUAUUCCGAAGUAUUGGAUCAUGCUGCUACGCUUACAGAUGAAUCAGAGCAGUUGGCUUAUUUGGCGGCAUUUGCUGUUUCCACAUAUGCGACAACAGCGGUGCGUACGGGUAAACCGUUUAACCCACUCCUAGGUGAGACUUUCGAGUGUGAUCGCAUGGAUGAUCUAGGCUUUCGCUACCUAGCUGAGCAGGUAUCACAUCAUCCGCCAAUCGCCGCUUUACACUGCGAGGGAAAGCAAUGGGUUUGUUGGCAAGAAUUUUCUAUGACGAGCAAAUUUCGUGGCAAGUAUUUGCAGGUGAAUCCACUCGGUGGCGCAUAUAUUUUGUUCCCUAAAAGUGGGCAUCGCUACUCCUGGAGGAAAGUGACAACAACUGUGAACAACAUUAUCGUAGGCAAGAUCUGGGUGGAUCAGCAUGGAACGAUGGAAAUAAUAGGCACUAAUGCCGCGCAUGGAAACAAGUGCAUCUUAAACUAUAAGCCGUAUUCCUACUUCAGCCGUGAGGUGCAGCGCAGCGUGAAAGGUGUAGUUAUCAAUCGCAAUAAUGAAACUAAAUGGGUGGUGCGUGGCACCUGGGAUGACAAAAUCGAAAUAGCGCCAGUGCUGGAAACCAGCGGUACAUCGGAAAAUCCAACAUACACCACAGGCGAAUACAAAGUGGCAUGGCAAUGUCGGCCGCCCCCGGCGGAUUCCGAAAAGUAUUAUAACUUCACCACACUUGCCUGUCAGCUGAAUGAGCCCGAGGAUGGCGUAGCGCCCACGGAUUCUCGUAAUCGGCCUGACCAGCGUCUGAUGGAGGAGGGUAACUGGGAAGAGAGCAACAAGGAAAAAGUGCGCCUUGAAGACAAACAGCGAACGGCGCGCAGGUCACGCGAAACCGAGGCCGAAAGUGCUGCUUCCGAGGGGCGACCGUAUCCAGUGUACGAACCGAUGUGGUUCAAACGCGAAAAGGAGGAGGGUAGCGAUGAAUUUGUGCACGUCUCGAAAAAUACAUAUUGGAAGGCCAAGGCGUCCCAGAACUGGAGCGGCUGUCCAGAUAUAUAUUAAGAAAAAAACGCCGCAAUCUUAUGUGAAUUAUUUCAAUAUGCAAGCCUUGAAGCUCCGCUGUCAACCACUAAUAACAAAAAGCGACGCCUCAACAGGAUCGAUAACUUACAGAACUAUAAAGCUAAUCGAUGUAAUAA